AUGGUUACACUCACAGAACUCAUUGCUUCGUUUCACCAUGUCUUCGCCGAAGAACAUGUUGACGUGAACGAAGUGAUUAUGCUGAUGGAGUCGUACAAAAGUAACCCAGCUGACUGGAGACAGUAUGCUGUCUUUGAUGAGCACAAAUACACACGAAAUCUGGUGGACAUUGGUAAUGGAAAAUAUAAUCUCAUGGUGCUUUGUUGGGGACCAGGUAUGGGAAGCAGUAUUCAUGAUCACGCAAACGCUCACUGUUUCGUGAAGAUUCUUGAAGGCGUCUUGUUAGAAACGAAAUAUGCUUGGCCUGAUGACGACAAUAAGAAGGCUCCUUUGAGAAAGCUGGACCAAAGCCGUUUUGAAGAGAACAGUGUUUCCUACAUGAGCGACAAGCUCGGCCUUCAUCGUAUAGAAAAUCCAAGUCACUCUGAUGGAGCUGUUUCACUUCAUCUGUAUAUUCCACCUUACGACGCAUGCAAUGCAUUUGAUGAGGUCGGUUCGUUAUUGAAAUUAUUAUUCUAG